AUGUGGCAAUACAUAAAGGUAAAGAAAAAGAGGUUCAUUGAAUUUGGCGUUUAUUUCUCCCUCUCUCUCUCCGCUAUACUUCCAUUCUAUUAUCUUCACUAUUACACGCCUCCCACGCACCCCCUCUCUCUCUCUCUCUCUAGGGUUCAUUCAAGGGUUAAACUAUGGGAAAAAGGAAGGCAAAGGCAAAGCCUGCUCCAAAGAAACGAAUGGAUAAGCUUGAUACUGUCUUCAGCUGCCCUUUCUGCAAUCAUGGCAGCAGUGUAG